CUUGUCAUCCUCUUUGAACCUUUCCUUUCUCCAUAAACAACGCCAAGAUCGAUUAGGUCUUCCAACACCAAGCUUCACGUCUUCAUAUUUUUUUUUUGGACGAGAUAAUUGCGGGUUGAUGAAAGCAGCUGCUUCUGUUCCUGUUCUUGUGCGAGAUGGCUCUGUUUGCCUUGUCUUUCUGGUUCUUGGUUGCCAAUUCCCUGAUUCUUUUGGUCAGUUUUGUAGCCAGACGUGUUUCCAGAACUAGGACAAAAGGCUCUAUUCCAGAAGAGAAGUGGCUCGAAUUCAGCAAUCACGAUUCAUCUCCAGAGAAAGAAGAACCGCUUUUGUCUUUUAAGUUUCAGUAUCAGAUUCCUGAUCAACAGAAGGGAAAAAGCAACGGAGAAGGUUUGCUUAAAAAUGAGAUUUUGGUCGAGGAAAAGCCCGAACAUUAUGAGACUGAUACGUUUAAUGAGCUCGAAGGAGACAAUGUGUCUGAGGAGUGCUCAGGUUUUGAUUCAGAUUCUGAUGCCAUUAGUGUGAGUGAUGGCUACUCAGUGCAUGACCUUGUUGUGGAUUCUGAUGCCUUCUCGUCUGAGGAGGACUUUGAAGUGGAUGAACUGAAAUCAGAUGAAAAAACUACUUACCCAUGCAAUGAAGAAGGAGGGAUCGAAUCUGUCAUGGUUACUAAAUCUCAAGGAAUGCACUUGAAGUAUACUGAUUCCAGCAGUGAUGAAGAUGACAAUGAUGAAGUUUAUCUGAUGAGCCAUGAUGAAGCCCUUGCCCUGGAUAACAAAUAUUCAGCCAGAAAAGAGGCAGAUGAUUGCACAAGCUCAAGGCCAUUGCUGGACCCUCCUAUCAAUGCUUAUUUGAGAUCGAUUGCCGAAAUGGAUGUUGUGCAAAAGGGAGGUCUAGAUGAGCAGGAACACAAGUUUGAGAAGGCACAAGUGAAGGGCUCGGGUGAUUGGGAUUGUAAUGAACUGGAAACACCAUGGGAGCAUCAGGAACUCAUUGAGCAGCUCAGGAUGGAACUGCAAAAGCCGAAGAAUGUCGGCCUACCGACCAUUUUAGAAGAGUCAGAGAGCUCCAUAACAGUGGUGGAUGAGAGUUUCCUGAAUGAGGAUACCAUGGUUGAGAUCCAGAAGUCUUACUGGAGCUACAGAGAAAGGAUGAGGAAGUUUGACAUACUGAACUAUCAAAAAAUGUACGCGAUAGGCUUUCUUCAACUGAAGGAUCCUCCUCUUCAGCCAGUGGAAUCUGGGACGCUAGGACUAGCAUUCCAAUACAAUUUUCCUCAAAGCUUUUGGUCGGUUCGUCGCAAGUCCAACUCAAAUCCAUCGGAGAAGCUCAUCAAGGAGCUCCAAAGUGACUUGGAAAUGGUGUAUGUUGGACAAACAUGUCUUUCCUGGGAGUUCCUGAGAUGGCAGUAUGAGAAAGCUAAAGAAAUGCCUCAACUUUUCGAUACAUGUGGAAACCAAACUGCUGGAGAAUUCCAACAAUUCCAAGUGACAAUUCAAAGGUUCAAGGAGAAUGAGGCAUUUCAAGGGCCGAGGUUGCCUAACUACAUCGAAUAUCAUCGACUUCUUCACAAUCUUCUCCUAGUGCCUGUACUUAAAGAGGAUUUCUUCAAGGACAAAAUGGAGGAUGAACAAGUAAUAAGUGGUAAACAGAUGGAAGAAAUCAUGGAGGAAUCAAUCAGAAUUUUCUGGGAGUUUGUCAAAGCUGACAAGGAUGAAACUCUAGGGUUUCUCAAAGGGUUCAUGGGCACUCAUGUUGAACUGCAAAGCCCUUCAGAUUUUGACCUUCUGGAAGACAUCCAAGCUGAUUUAUACAAGAAGGAGAAGAAGCUUAAAGACAUUCUAAGGGCAGGCAACUGGCUGAUUAAGAAGCUCAAGAAACCGAAAGAAGGCAGACCAAAUCAAGAUCUUUUGUUCUCCCAAGUAGACUUGAAGCUUGUGGCAAGAGUGCUGAGGAUGUCAAGGAUUACAAGUGAGCAGCUGCUGUGGUGUCGCAAGAAACUGAGCAAAAUCAAGUUUGUAGAAAGGAAGGUCAUCAGGGAACCUUCUUUCUUGCUCUUUCCAUGUUGAUGUUUAGAGUGAUGUGUUUGUUAGAUGCAAAUCACACAAGUAGAGUUGCAAAGGUUUUUUUGGAAACGAUUUAGUGUUA